ACUAUUUGCCACCCGUUUUGAAAGGCACAAUCUUUUUCUGCACACCCCAUAGAGAAAUGGUCCUUUAUUAUUCUUCUCUCUUACCAUUACCGUCGCUGAUAACCUUCACUACCCGCGCACAACUCUCGUUGGACAAAGUCCCACGUGGGAAGGCCACACAGCCGGCUCAUUCACGUGUCGACCCUAAUGUCGAAGGUCGGAGCUCCGGCGAGUCUUUGGCUACGGUUUCUUCCUGCACCUGCGGAAGAAGGGUCUUCAUCAAAGCAGCUGCCACAUCUUUGCUUCCCAUUUGUCCGGCCAAAGCUUCCGAUUUCACAGCCACGCUGAGGAAGAUUCACCUGCCGAGGCCAGAUUGGUAUGAAGAAUUCUAUGCUUCAGUUCUUGAUACGAGCAUGAAAUCUUAUGAGGCUGAGAUUGCAGGAUACAAGUCUGAGCUCUUUGCUAAUUUGAGGGGAAAGGCUCGGAGAGUGUUAGAGAUUGGCAUUGGGACGGGUCCAAAUCUUACGUACUAUGCUGGAGAUAAUGGUGUCCAAGUUUUUGGCGUGGAUCCAAACGGAAAGAUGGAGAAAUAUGCCAAGGCUUCUGCAAUUGCUGCUGGUUUGUCGGUUCAGAAUUUUAAGUUUAUACAAGCAGUUGGGGAGGCUUUACCACUAGCAGAUGCUUCUGUUGAUGCCGUUGUUGGAACUCUUGUAUUGUGCUCUGUUGAAGAUGUUAACUUGACCUUGAAAGAGGUGAAGAGAGUUCUCAAACCAGGUGGACUUUAUCUCUUCGUGGAGCACGUAGCUGCAAAAGAAGGAACCUCACUCAGAUUUGUACAGAGCAUUCUUAACCCUUUGCAACAGACUGUUGCUGACGGGUGUCACCUCACAAGGGAAACUGGAAAGCACAUAUCAGAAGCUGGAUUUUCAAAUCUGAAGCUCAGCCUCACUUUCUUAUCUAAUGCCUCUCUUAUAAACCCUCACGUCUAUGGAAUAGCUUACAAAUAAUAGCAAAACAACCCUUAUAACACGGAUAAACUAUUUUUAACUUUAUUGGGGGGACAUAUUGGUCAGGUUGAAGGGUUAAUCAAUUAUAAACCUAUUAUAUGUAAGAUAUCAAAGUCCAACAUUUAUACAAGUGAAUUUAUAUAUUGACAAAAGGUACAUUCUUUACUAGGUGGGAUCUUUCGAACGAAAUUGUGGGUGUUUUUAGAUGUAACAUAAAAGUAUAACCAAAUCAGUACUGUGGGAAACAAAAGUUAGUGGGGGAAAGUAAUUGUAUAGUAGUGAUUUUUGUUGAUUUUGUAAAGGCUAGUCUUGAAAAGGUUUUUUUCCUUUUCCUUGUCCUUCAGCUUGAAUCAUGGAAUAUCUCCUCUGGACAGAAUGAGAUCAGAGAAGACAGCCCUGUGGGGGUGGUGGGGACGUCUUCUUCCGUGUGAUGGAGAUGAAACUCUGUUAUAUUCUUAUUUGAAUGACCCUUUUUGGCGAAAGGAACACUUAAUAUAGUUCUAUACGGCAUAUAAACAUUAACCCAGCAAGACUGGAAGAAUAUUUGUUAUUAUUUCAAUACAUUUUUUAGAUUCAUAUAUUUAUUUAUGAAGUUGGUGUGAACAUUAUUAUUA